AUGUCUACCGCCCUACACAGAAUAAGUUCAGGGGUGCUUGCUGGACUGCAAUUCUACGAUGAAGAAAGUAUUUCAGGAGGGCACAAUAGGAUGAGUUCUAGAGUACCCGAUGAAGUCCAGAUUCAUGAGGAAGAAAAGAUGUCCGAGUCGCAUUCCAGUGAGACUAUGGCUUCCACUCGCUUUGAUACUGCUGCGACGAAGAAGCUGGUCAAGAAGCUUGAUCUCCGUCUCAUCCCAAUUCUUGCUACAAUAUAUUUAGUCUGCUUUCUCGAUCGUACCAAUGUUGGAAAUGCACGGCUUGAUGGAUUGGAAAAGGAUCUUCAUAUGGCUGGCCUCGACUACAACAUCGCUCUCUCCGUAUUCUUUCCCUUUUACAUUGCUGUUGGUAUUCCUAGCAACAUAAUAAUGAAGAAACUCCGUCCAAGUGUAUGGUUGACCACCAUCGUAGUAGUUUGGUCAGUCAUCAUGGUAUGCAUGGGGUUGGUCCAUGACUUUGCGGGAUUACUUGUCGUCAGAUGCUUUUUGGGUAUCGCAGAAGGUGGUUUAUAUCCGGGAGUGGUUUACUAUAUCACAAUGUGGUAUCCUCGACACGAGUGUGGUUUUCGUAUGGCAUUAUUCUUUGCUAUGGCUACAGCUGCAGGAGCAUUUGGUGGUCUAUUCGCUCGUGGAAUUUCCGAUAUGUCUGGAGUAGCGGGCAAGAAUGGAUGGUCAUGGAUUUUCAUUAUUGAAGGUCUUCUUACAUUUUGCGUUGGGUGUAUAUCUUAUUGGGCAAUUGGAGACUACCCGACCAAUGCAAAAUUUCUCUCUGAGCUGGAACGAAAAGAGGUUAUGAGACGCCUUGCGGAUGAUCGACACCUUCUUUCAGAUGAUUUCAAUUCGAAAUAUGUAUGGCAAGCAUUGAAGGACUGGAAAAUAUAUGUCAAUAUGAUGAUAGGUUUGUGCAUGACAACGCCCUUAUACUCCUUGUCUCUGUUCCUACCCACUAUUGUUAAAGAUAUGGGCUACACCAACAACGCGGCGCAGCUCAUGACCGUUCCCCCAUAUGUUGUUGCAUGUUUCUUCACAAUCUCAGCCAGCUUCAUUGCCGAUAAAGCAAGACAGAGAGGAAUCUUUGUUCUAGGAUUUCAGGCUGUGGCGAUUAUUGGGUUUGCAUUACUAAUUUCAAGUGACAAAACGCCUAUUCAAUACACUGGUGCAUUUCUGGCAGCUGUAGGCGUUUUCCCAACUACUCCUCUCCUCAGCGCUUGGGUAGGAAACAACUUGAGUGGAAGUCUAAAACGAGGUGUUGGUUUCGGAAUGGUUGUUAGUUUCGCCAAUUUUGGUGGAAUCGUAGCUGCUUUUAUCUAUCGAUCGGUAGAUGCUCCAAGAUUUAUCGAAGGACAUGCAAUUCUUCUCGGCCAAUUGUCCAUUUCGUUCCUAUUAACAGCUGUCAUGACGACUUAUUACAGAUGGGAAAAUGCCCGUAGGGAUGCUCGAGACGCAGAGCGAGGGCUUACGGCAGAUUCCUAUACACCCGAAAUGAAGCUUGAACAACAACAUGAGGGAGACGACGCAACUUUCUGGAGAUACACUGUAUGA